GGAUAGGGGGCAUUCUGGGAAUUGCAGUCCGCCCAGGAAAGUAUAGCUGCUUAAUCAGUGUGGCGUGGGUCUGUAGCUUAAGAGAAGAUGAAUGGGAAACGGCCAGCUGAGCCGGGCCCCGGCCGUGCGGGGAAAAAGGGAAAGAAGGAGGUGAUAGCGGAGUUUUCGGAUGCUGUCACGGAAGAAACCUUGAAAAAGCAGGUGUCUGAGGCCUGGAGCCGCAGGACGCCGUUCCGUCACGAGGCCAUUGUCAUGGACAUGGAACCCUUUCUUCACUGCGUGAUCCCAGACUUCAUCCAAAGCCAAAACUUUUUGGAAGGGCUUCAGAGGGAACUUUUGAACUUGGACUUCCAUGAAAAGUAUAACGAUUUAUAUAAGUUCCAGCAGUCUGAUGAUUUGAAGAAGAGAAGAGAGCCUCACAUCUGUGCUUUAAGGAAAGUUCUGUUUGAAGAUUUCCGGACUUGGCUUGCUGACAUUUCCAAGAUUGACCUGGAAUCAACUAUUGACAUGUCCUGUGCUAAAUAUGAAUUCUCUGAUGCCCUCCUCUGCCACGACGACGAGCUGGAAGGGCGCCGGAUCGCCUUCAUUCUUUACCUGGUUCCUCCCUGGGACAGGAGUUUGGGGGGCACCCUGGACCUGUACGACGUUGAUGAACACUUUCAGCCGAAGCAGAUUGUCAAGUCUCUUAUCCCUUCGUGGAACACACUGGUUUUCUUUGAAGUGUCUCCAGUAUCCUUUCACCAGGUGUCUGAAGUCCUGUCUGAAGAAAAGUCACGUUUGUCUAUAAGCGGCUGGUUUCAUGGUCCUUCACUGACCAGACCCCCCAACUACUUUGAACCACUUGUACCUCGGAGCCCGCACAUCCCACAAGAUCAUGAAAUUUUAUAUGAUUGGAUCAACCCUACUUAUCUGGACAUGGAUUACCAAGUUCAAAUUCAAGAAGAGUUUGAAGAAAGGUCCGAAAUCCUCCUAAAGGAGUUCCUUAAGCCUGAGAAGUUUGCAGAGGUCUGUGAGGCUUUGGAGAAAGGAGAUGUGAAAUGGAGCAGCCGAGGUCCCCCUAACAAAAGGUUUUAUGAGAAAGCGGAGGAGAGCAAGCUUCCCAACAUCCUGAAGGACUGCAUGGAAUUAUUUCGCUCCGAGGCUCUGUUCUUGCUGCUCUCCAACUUCACAGGCCUGAAACUCCACUUCUUGGCCCCUUCAGAGGAAGAUGAGGUGGAGGACAAAAAGGAGGGCGAAGGCACCUCUGCGGCUGAUCACACUGAAGAAGGGACUAGCCAUAGCUCCCCUGGGCCCCAGAGUCCUCAGACGGCUGUCAGCCACAGCAACCAACAGAGCAGUGAACAGACAGACCCAGAGUCAGAGGAAAACGAAGCCAAGAGAGACUCAAGUGUUCCCACAUGCCAGGGGGAGUUGAGGCGUUGGAAGACUGGUCACUACACUUUGAUCCAUGACAACAGCAAGACUGAAUUUGCCCUGGAUUUACUUCUCUACUGUGGCUGUGAAGGCUGGGAGCCAGAAUAUGGCGGCUUUACUUCCUACAUUGCCAAAGGUGAAGAUGAAGAGCUGCUAACAGUGAAUCCGGAAAACAACUCUUUGGCACUGGUCUACAGAGACAGAGAGACUCUGAAAUUUGUCAAGCAUAUUAACCACCGAAGCCUAGAACAAAAGAAAGCCUUCCCAAAUAGAACAGGUUUCUGGGACUUCUCGUUUGUCUAUUACGAAUGACAGGGCUGAGCCAAGCUGAAGAAAAGAGACCCUUCCUCAGUACUGGGGAGUGCGGAAGAGCUAGGCAUCACGCGGAGAGCUACAAGGUGGCCUGUGUGACCGUGUCUUCAAAACUGCGUGGUAGGACUCAUCGUUAUUGUAUGCAAUCUAGGCCUUAAGCUUGGAGCCAGGUAUUUCUCUCUUGAUAAAAAAAAAAAAAAGCUUUAUUGUCUUUUUUUUUUUUUCACAUUCAGUUUUUCAUUUCCCAUAUGGACUUCCUUAGUGAUUUUUAAAAAGCUUUUGUGUGUGGUAAAAUACACACAACAUAAAGUGUACCAUUCUAACCAUUUUUAAGUGUAUACUUGAGUGACGUUAAGGAUAUUCACAUGGUUGUGCAAUUGUCACCACCACCCAUCUCCAGAACUUUGCCAUCUUCCCAGACUGAAACUGUCCCCACUAAAGAGUAACUCCCCGUCCCCCUUCCUAGCCCCUGACGGCCACCAUGCCACUUUCAGUCUCUGUCUCCGUUCAUACAAGUGGAACAAUACAAUAUUUGUCCUUCUGCAACUGGCUCAUUUCACCUAGCAUAAAGUCUUCGAGGUUCAUCCAUGUUUCCAGUGAGUGUUUGUUUUUUAAUACUCAUAAAUGACUGCUGACUCUGUCCUUCCUAAGCAUACCGGUUUAGAAAGUUACAGAAACUUCUGUCCUGUUCUGGGUGGGCUCAUUAUACUUCCUCCCGGUGCCUAUGGCUUUGUUUCACUGUGACUCCCUUAGGAUAGUGUGGACUUAAAUGAUGAUGGUAUUCCUGCCUUGGUAAACACCGGGCCCCAAACCACAUGGCCCCUGAGACUUCUGAGUGGCUGCUUGUGCCAUAUGUCAUCAUUCCUGGGGACCCACUGCUUUUCCAUCCUGGAGUUGUGGCUCCUGUAUAACUAGAUGAUUCUAGCCUCGCAUGUGUCUUUCCUGUCCCUAAAUACUCUCGGGUCAGCUAUAAAAUGAGUUGCCUGUUUUUCUUUUAAGAGAACAGAUGCUAAAGGCCACAUCAAAAUGCCAAGAGGCUGUCCAUUUUGUUACAUUCUCUUCUCUGAACUGGUGUGAGGCUCAUGUGACAACUACCACCUAUACAUGGGGGUGUGUACGAGGGGGGGUAGUGGUCGCUGCAUCGUUAGCUGCAAGAUGCUGUUCUCGUUCCAAUACUGUCUUCUCGUUUCCUCUCUGUUUUUUUACAUUGAUUACCAACUGUUACCGUAGCUUUUAUUUGGGAUUUUAUUAAUCAGUAGGAAAAGCAUUGGGCUUUUAUCUUCUUUCAUCUCCUAAUACUUCAAGUACUCCCUCUAAAGUUGGCAUUUAAAUGAAGAGAAUGAGGUUCACUUCCUUUAGGUUGAUGGUUUCAAGAUUUUUUUGAUUUUGUACCCCAGAUAGAUAGUAUCUAGAUAGAUAGGGAUAGCUAUCUAGAAAUUUUACACAUGUACGAAUAUUCAGUAUUGUCAUAAAACACUAAUUUUUCUCGGGUGAGAUGAAAAAGAAGUACCUAGAACUAGCUCUAACGUCUUCCCACACACACACAGUACCAGGCCAGUUUACAUGCGUACUGUUUAUUUGGUGUUUUUUCAGUUUAUUUAUUUUGAGAGAGAGACAGGGAGAGAGCCAGCAGGGGAGGGGCAGAGAGGAAGAGACAGAAUUCCAAGCAGGCUCCGCACUGUCAGAUCCAUGAGAUUGUGACCUGAGCCAAAACCAAGAUUCAGAUACUUAACCGACUGAGCCACCCAGGCACCCCUAUAUGUCUGCUGUUUUGGAGACCAGAAUUCUUUCACCACAGGGGCGCCCGGGUGGCUCAGUUGGUUAAGCAUCCGACUUCAGGUCAGAUCAUGAUCUCACAGUUGGUGAGUUCGAGUCCCGUGUCGGGCUCUGUGCUGACGGCUCAGAGCCUGGAGCCUGCUUCGGAUUCUGUGCCUCCCUCUCUCUCUCUGCCCCUCCUUUACUUGUGCUCUAUUUCUCUCUCAAGAAUAAACAAACAUAAAAAAAAUUUUUUUAAAGAAUUCACAGCACAGUGACACGUGGGAUUACAACAACUUUGUAAAUAAUGGCUUACAUGUCAAAGUUUGCCUUUUCUUUUCAGUUCCUACAGACUGAAUAAAGGUCAUCCCUACAAUAUUAUUUUCGCUCACUUGCUUUCUGAUGUGUUUUCAUGAGCGGGAGAGAGGGGGAUGAGGUUCUAGUGAACAAUCUGUCGGUAGCAUAACUGCAAGUGGAAGGCCCAGGGGAAAGCGCCAGGGCGCUUGGAAAAGAGAUACUCAUGGCCGUAGGUGACAUCUAGGAGGCCACCCCACUUUUCCAAAUCUGGAGCGCUCAGUCUAACUCUUAGCAUUCGUACAACGCAAGCGUUAAAAUGUGUUUAUUAGUUUCUCCUUAACCUCAGUGUGUUUAAGGUCUGCACCACAGCAGAAGCUUCUGUGCUCUACGCAAAAGGAUCUCGCCGUCCGAAGGGAGAGACUCCUGGAGGGCCAGGCUCCGACGUUUCCAUCAGUUACAUCAUCUACGGGAAAGAUGGUGUGUUCGCAGGGCACUUUUCUGCACUGAAGACACUCAGUGAUUGAGAAGCUGGUCUUCCUUAGUACUUCAUUCUUCACCUGGAUUUUUAGGGCUUAAAGCCAGUGUCAAUAGUUGUGGCAAAAGAGGAACUGAAACACGGGCAUCUUGUAAAUCCUUCUUUCAGGUAAGAGCUGUUGAUGUUCACCUGUGUAAUAGAUGGCAUCUUCUCUCUCAACAGUGAACCUCCAAUUCUUAUUGUUCCUUUUAGCGAAGGAAGAUUAUUCCCCCGCCUCAAAGAGAACAGCUUUAUGUUUUUUCAGAUUAUAUGAAUAAUACACGUUUGUUGUGAAGAAUUAAAACAUGUAAAAAUAA